ACCAUAUUUGCAGGAACAGAGAGCAUACGCCAGAGGCUGUUCAGAGCUCCUGGAUGGCAGCCAUGGCUACUCAAACCUCAACAAUCGAGGAACACGAUACCCAUGGUCAAAUUACAGAUGCCCACCUCAAAUUUCCAUCGUUUCCAUACACACCCUACGCCAUACAGAUCGAUUUCAUGAAUGCCCUCUAUCAAUCUCUCAACAGAGGCGGCAUCUCCAUGCUCGAAAGCCCCACUGGGACCGGUAAAACGCUAAGCAUCAUUUGCAGCGCUUUACAGUGGCUUGUUGAUCAAAAACAGCAAGGGAAGUCCGAGGCAAGGGAUAACUCUGAGCAGGGUCGAACAGCGGCGGGCUCGGAUGACGAGCCGGAUUGGUUGAGGAACUUCGUUGUAGAAAAGGGCAAUCAAGGUCAAGACAAGGGAGGGAAGAAGGUGAAGAAGACAAAAUCGGGGUUUGCAUAUGCGAAACGGGAUAAGAAAAGGGAUCCAGCGAAAUUUAGGGAUUUUUUCUCGUGUAGCGAAGACGAUGGUGAUUUUGACGGGUUGAGAGGGAGAGACAGGUCGAAGAAGAAGAGUGAUGUAGUCGAGAUGAAUGACGAUGACGAGUUUUUGCUUGAAGAUUAUGAGAGCGAAGAAGAAGGGGGUGCCUCUGGUGGCGUGAGAUCGAAGAGAAAGGGCGGUGUAGUUUGUGAUAGUUUGUUCAGUGAUGAUGAAGAUGAAGGAGAUAAGUUUGAUGAGGAGGAGGAAGAAGGGAGAUUGAAGGUUUAUUUUUGUAGCCGGACGCAUUCUCAGCUAUCCCAGUUCGUGAAGGAGUUGAGAAAGACAAAUUUUGCUACUGAGUUGACAAUGGUUUGUUUGGGGUCUAGAAAGAAUUUCUGCAUCAAUGAAGAGGUUUUGAAGCUUGGGAGCAGCACUCGUAUCAAUGAAAGGUGUUUGGAACUCCAAAAGAAUGAGAAAAAUGAAGUAUCAAAAAUAAAGAGUGUAGGUGCUGGGGGAAGAAUACGCCGGACUAAUGCUUCCUCUGGGUGCCCAAUGCUAAGGAAGCAUAAACAACAAAAGGAGUUCAGGAGCGAGAUCAAUCAACAGGGUGUGUUGGAUAUAGAAGAUCUUGUUCGACUUGGAAGGAGGAUGGGGGCUUGCCCCUAUUAUGGCUCCCGAAGCAUGGUUUCUGCAGCUGAUCUUAUCAUUCUUCCCUAUCAAUCUCUUCUAUCAAAAUCAUCUCGUGAAUCACUUGGUCUGAAUUUGAAGAAUAGUAUUAUUAUAAUAGACGAGGCUCACAAUCUAGCCGACUCCCUCAUUAGCAUCUAUGAUGCAAAAAUUACUUUGUCACAGUUGGAGCAAGUACAUUCUCACAUUGAAGGGUACUUUGGGCGAUUUCGCAAUCUUUUGGGACCUGGAAAUCGAAGAUACAUCCAAACUCUGAUAGUUCUGACUCAGGCUUUUCUUCAUUUUCUACAUAAUAAUGAGCAUGGGGGUAAUGUUGAUUCUUGCCGUGACACUGAGAAAGUUACUGGAGCAGAAGGUGCUUUUGAUUCUUCCAUGGCAAUUAAUGAUUUUUUAUUCUCCCUCAAUAUUGACAACAUCAACUUGCUCAAACUGUUAAAAUAUAUAAAGGAAAGCAAUAUUACACACAAGGUCAGUGGGUAUGGGGAUAAAAUGACAAGUUUCCAAAGAAGUUUGACAGUUGACGGUUGUGGGGAAAGCAAUGAAGAGGAAAGUGUUUUAUCCAGUUUUCGGGCAUUGAUUGAUAUGUUGAUAUCACUGACAAAUAAUGAUGGUGAUGGGAGGAUAAUGAUCUCAAGGGCAAGACGAACAAGCUCUGGGCAACACGUAGGAUACCUAAAAUAUGUUAUGCUGUCUGGAGAAAAGAUGUUUUCUGAGAUAGCGGAUCAAGCACAUGCUAUCAUACUGGCAGGGGGGACUCUCCAGCCUGUAGAUGAGACACGAGAACGACUCUUCCCCUGGUUACCACUGGAUCAGUUGUACCUCUUUUCCUGCAAUCAUAUUGUCCCUUCUGAGAGUAUUUUGCCCCUUGCUGUUUCCCAUGGACCAUCUGGCCUGUCUUUUGAUUUUAGCUACAGCUCUAGAGCCUCAUCCAAUAUGAUAGAGGAGCUGGGGCUUUUGAUCUGCAAUUUAGUGACAGUGGUUCCUGAAGGAAUUGUUGUUUUUUUCUCCUCAUUUGAUUAUGAAGGACAAGUCUACAAUGCCUGGAAAGCUUCAGGAGUGCUUGGGAGGAUUAUGAAAAGAAAACGGGUAUUCAGAGAACCUAGAAGAAGCACAGAUGUUGAAAUUGUUCUCAAGGACUACAAGGAAACAAUUGAUUCAUUGGCUGGAGUGGAUCCAAAAGAUCUGGCACACUUUAAUGGUGCAAUACUCCUAGCUGUAGUUGGUGGAAAGAUAUCAGAGGGUAUCAACUUCAGUGAUGGGAUGGGUAGGUGUAUAGUCAUGGUUGGAUUGCCGUACCCAAGUCCGUCUGACCUUGAGUUAAUGGAAAGGGUGAAAUACAUUGAAUGGCAGGGAGAUACAACCAAAAGACAGCCUCCAGCAGGCAAUGAAUGUGGCAAUAAAGAUGUUCAAGGUGGGUUUGACAUCCUAAGAAGUUGCAAGCGCAGAGGAAAAGAGUACUAUGAGAAUCUUUGCAUGAAAGCUGUAAAUCAGUCUAUUGGAAGAGCAAUUCGGCAUGUAAAUGAUUAUGCAGCAGUUUUGUUGGUUGACUCACGGUAUGCAUCUGAUCCCUUGAAGAGAAGCUUUUCUCAACCAACUAGCAAGCUUCCUCAGUGGAUUAAAAGUCGUCUUUCUAUUGCUGAUAACUAUGGGAAAGUUCAUAGGAUGCUGCAUCGAUUUUUCAAGUUCAAUAGAAAUGGAGGGUGUCCUUAGGUGUCAUACCUCUCAAUCUGCUAAAGCCAAGUAUUGAAUGACCACAUUAUAUACAAAUAAGCAGCAACUUUUUGUGCUUUCUUUCAUUGGAUGCCUAUCUAAGAAACCGAGUGGCUGUUAUGGGGAUGUAGCAGGGGCACAAUUGAAGGGCAGCUGGUAAAAGCAGCCUGAUGUAGAUAUAAAGUUAAACUGUACAGUUACUAAAGAAAAACAGAAUUUACUGUACUAUCAUUUGAAGAGUUAAAUAUUAUUGGGAUUGCAUUUAGUUACAUCUAUGCAUUUACUAUUCUCUCCAGAGCCCAAAUAUAAGAUUUGAAAGGUUUAUUUGUGCAUGCAACAUCGAUGUAUGCUCUGUUUCUGUCAAUUGAGUUAGUAUGCGAGUAGUGUGAAUUUAAUAUGGAUUUCCAUUGAUGCAAAAUUUGGGAUAACUUAUGAUAAGUACUUUUUCAAAAUAUAUAUAUAUUUGUAAAAGUAAUUUAGAAUAACUUAUUAUUAUUAUUUUUAUUUUUAUUUUUGGUAUGCAUAUGUAUAUUGUACAUGUCAAUAUUUGAAGAAGUUAGGCAACAUUUAGCACCAACAUUAUUUAAUCAUUUACUCCAGUGCAUAUUACAGAGAUUGUCGAAUGAUCAAUUAUUCUUUGAAAUGUGAUGCCUGGAUUUUAUGGUCCUCCUACUCCUACUAUUAUUUUUGUUUAACUGACUGUUGCUAGUGUCAUUGUUAUUCAAAUCCUUGCUCUAACUUGGGCGAAAAAUAUAUCUUAGGAACAAAGAACUAAUUAAAAAUAAAUCAAAACCACUAUGUAAAUGUGAUUUUUGUGGCUUUUUCAUAACUAACAAAAACGUACUUUGUUUCUUUUAGGACGUCGUGGUUAUGAUUCUUACAUGAUUGGUAAGAUGGAAUUUAUUCACGAGCAGAUAAGAUUCUUCUUUUCCUAGUAAAAUGGUUGGGCACUGACAUCAAUGUUUGUAUAUCAGGAGUCUUGAAUAUGGGUUGGUACGGAUAGCAUAGUCAUGAUCGAUCAUAUUGGGUGCAGAACCAUACAUAAACCCAAAUGAUUCACCAAUUAGACCUUUUGUUUUGUUUUGUCUUGUCCUGUCUUGAUUUUUUCCUGUUGAAUUGUUCUUAUGAUUGAGAUUUUGCAGAUAAAAGUAGCAAGUCUGGCGGUUUAGCUCUCUAACAAAGCAAAAGAGCAGAUGCUGUUUGUCUCUAAACUGGAACAAAUUUUGAUUUCUAAAGCUAAGGGCAUACUUGUAUUAUUGAUAGGGAGGGGUCCGUCUGUAAACCGACUGGCUACCUCCGGAACACCUAGUUUUCACUUAAAUACAUGUUUGAUCCCAUGAGAAAAUCGAACUUACGGCAUCCAAUUUGAUGGCUCGACCCACAACUUGCCCUUGCCACUGGGCUACCUUUGAGGGGCAAAGGCAGGUCCAAAAUUAAGUCACAAAGGAAGGAAGCCACUCACUUGAGGGGUUGAUGGUGGGAUUUCAACUGGGCAACCGUGAGAAAUUGACUUCUCAGUGCCACAAUAGAGGUGCCCCUUAUCCCUUUUUCACAAGUAGCAUAGUUCUGGCACCAAACAAUUGAAAGAUAGGGGUCCAUACAGCUCUUUGUUAUAAAUGCAUUGAAGAUCAACUUGAUAUCAACUGCCCUAAAAAAGAGAAAGCAUGAUAAAGAGAGAUUGUAUUUGCAAACAAAAGCAGUUUUGUUUUGACUGCUGAAUCAUAGGAACAAUGGUAAUAUAAUUCAAAAUAAAUUUUAGUAUUAUGAUUUCAGUUAGUCCCAGAUAAAUAAAAUUGAAAGAUAAUCACGUGGGCCCUCUGGUUUAUUAGUUGGGACUUGGGACCCAUGGUUGAAAAGGCUAACUACAACUAAACUGGUACCUUUAGCUUUUCAUCUUAAUCAAUGCCACUCCACUUUUAACAACGGGCAGUCAAAAAAAAGAAAGUAUUCACGGUCAUUGGAUUCCCUGCUCUCUGUAUGUAUUCAUAGAACAUUUUGCAAACAGGAUGUCUUUGUGUUACUACUCGACUGCCGUUGGAUUGGAAUACUGUCACUUUGUAAAUUGUGAUUACGUGAGCUUUUAAUCAUAUGGUCUGUUGUUUUCAUUCUAGAAGCCUUUUGCAAGUGGAAAGAGACCCAGCUAAGACAAUGCAGGUGUAUAUGAACAAAAAAAGAGAGAAGUGAAGGCCAAAGCAUGAGAUGAUUUCCUCUGAGUUCCCGUUGCCUUUGUUAUUGGGUAACCUCGAGAGAUUUCAACUGUCUCCAUCUGUCUCAUCUGUAUAUUAGAAGCAGCAUUGCAGACGAAAAGAAGCCAAGAAGAUUUGAGCUAUUUCUGUUGUGUAGAGAUAUCAAGCAAGAGGGAGAGAGAGAGAGAGAGCGCUUGCUGAAAAACCAUAGAGCCACAAAUGUUGCUCCGAAAAACUAUUUGCAAAACCAGAAAUUUCCUGCACAAAACCCUCAAAAACCUCGAGUCUCUUAUCAUUGGAGAGUACCAAAAGUUGCCAAAGACCCCUCCCUUCAACCCAUUCUCUUGCAGCAGGAGUAGCAGCCUGAAAAUUCAUCAGUUGGAUCAUGUCUAUGCAGACGUCUCAAGCCAAGGGGAGUCUGAUCAAGAUAUUGCAAGGACGAGAAAGAAGAAGAAGAAGAGGAUAAUGUCAUCAGAUGAGCCAAUGAAGGACGAAGAUUCUUGUAAUGAAAGCCACAUGAAAUCUGGGAAGCAGCCACUUGUGCAGAACAAGCAAAAGGAGAAAGGAGACAAAAAGAAAAGCAAAGGAAUAAGCACCAAGGAAGGAAAAAGGGGAGAGCCAAGUUGUAAGAAUGCAAAUGGAGGAGCAUAUGUCUUAGCACAGAAGAUGAAGGAACUGGAGAAGAUGGAUGGGGGUGAUCUGAAUCAUGGGUUGGACAUAGAAGAGGUGCUCCACUACUAUUCUCUACUUAAAAGUCCAGUCUACCUCGAUAUUGUUGACAACUUUUUCACGGACAUGUACUCAGAUUUCUUCCAUCCACGGACAUCUGGCAGCACUAGGCAUUCACAGCGAAAACUAGGUCCGGUGAAGUUGUAGGUGCAAUAGCCACCGCUCUUCCUUGUGAAUAUGGAAUGUUGUUGGUCUGUGUGUGUUUUUGUUUCUUUUCUUUUCAAUCUUUGUGUGUGUGAGCAUGCAUGUGCUUGUGUGCACAUGGACAAUGUUAUCGUGCAAAUAUGGCUUUGCUUUCAACUUCUUACAUCACUUGA